AUGCAGGCCGCGGAAUCAGGGGUGCUUGCUACCAGCAGACAGCUCCCAGCCCUACACAGCCGUGUGCCCGUGGGAAAAGGGUCCAAGCUACCACAGCUCUCGGCUGUGGGUGCGGAGUCCAGAAAGGCUUGGUAUGUGCUUGCUGCUGGCCUCUGUGCCAAAGGAUGCGGGUCGCAGUGGCGAAGAAGGACGACAUUGAGGGCAGUUCUUCAACAAGAGGCGCCGCUUCAGACGAGGGAGCGAAGAUCGGAAAGGGGGAAGGUGCUCCCCAACCACGACGCUUUCCCACCGCCACCGAAGGUUCCCACGACUUGGUGGCAAUUGCUUCAUCACCUGCUCUUCUUCGGGCUCGGGCUGUGGACCGUCCUCUUUGAGCCAUCGUGGGUUCCUGACUGGAAGCUGACUUUUUUCAUGUACCUCUAUGGUGACUUCAUGUCGGCCUUGCUCCAUAGGACCUUCGAUCACGAAGAGUGCCUAAAAGUACCUGCUCUGGACUUCGUGGCCUACGGUUUUCAAAUGCAUCAUGCCUGGCCCAUGGAAUCGACCAGGGGAGUCGGGCUGUAUCGCCUCUUCUGUGACACUGUCAGGAUUCAGUGGAUUCUUCUUGUCUGCUUUGCGGCGCUCUCAAAUCACACACUGCUCGCUGCACAGAUCCUCUACUUAAAGCUCCUCUUUGGUGCCUAUGGCUCCGCUGUCGGGCAUUUCUAUGCGCACUUCCCCGAAGGCACGAGGCCCUUUGCUGUUCGUGUCCUGCAGCGCUUGCAUCUAUUGCUGCCCCCGCAGCAUCACGCUGUCCAUCACCGUGAGCCCUACAACGAGAACCUGACAAGUGUGAGUGGGCUGACGGACUUCAUCGUGAAUCCGUUGCUGAAAGACUGCCCGUUUCUGCCCGCGCUGCUCACGCUGCUGGGGCUUUCCAUGUUUGAUAUCCGACUGAUCGAAGGCUUGUACACUGGCCUUUUCUAG